AUGAUGGAUGACUUCAAGGACACUUUUAGUUGGAACUUCACCGCCAAGCACCCCUUGAAAGUGAUUAUCGUUGGUGCUGGUAUCGCCGGCUUAACGGUAGCGCUGGGACUCAAGAAGGCUGGCCAUGAAGUUCUGAUCCUGGAACGCGUCCAUGAGAUCUCAGAAGUUGGUGCUGGCAUUCAAGUGGCCCCCAAUGCUGCUCGUAUUCUACAUCGUCUAGGUUUGUUAAACCAGGUCAUGGAGAAGGCGAAUAUUUUAGAGGAAAAUUCUCUGCGGCGGUAUGCGAACAACCAAGAACUUGGAACUGCGCCUUUGAUGCCCGAGGUAGGCGAGAAGUAUCAUGCACCCUUGGCUGUUAUCCACCGAGGCGAUCUACAACUCAUCCUGCUACAUGGGUGCGAGGCUGCCGGGAUCGAAAUUCGAAAAAGCUCGCUCGUGGUUCGAGUCCCUGACGAUUUUGAGGCCAAGGUACAGCUGGAGUCGGGUGAAUGGAUUUCUGGCGACGUGGUGAUUGCGGCCGACGGGAUCAAAUCAAGCAUACGCCAACAAAUGGCUUCCCAUCAUGGAGUUCGCGAUACGUGCCAACCGACUGGAGAUGCAGCCUAUCGAGUCAUGAUCCCGAAAGAGAAAAUGCUAGAAGACAAGCGCGCAUUGGAUCUUUUGAACCAUAACGUUGGUAUGCGGUGGAUGGGACCAGGUGGUCAUAUCAUGGCCUAUCCCAUUAAAAACAACUCUGUGUACAACAUGGUGUUGCUACACCCUCAAAAGAAAGAUGCGCCCAAUGAGGAGAGCUGGACCAACAAAGGCGACAAGAAAGAGAUGCUUUCUUUUUACCAUGAUUGGAAUGAUUUGGUUCGCAGCCUGCUCACUUAUGUCCCGGAUGGUGAGGUGAUGGAGUGGACUCUCAAUUCCCACUUGCCCUUGCCAUCUUGGGUUGAGAACAAAUGCGUCCUAAUGGGUGACGCUUGUCACCCGAUGCUUCCAUAUGUAGCUCAGGGUGCUGCGCAAGCCAUUGAAGACGCUGGUGUCCUCACAUGUGCGCUCUCUUUGACUGACUCGGUCCCUACGGCGCUUUCUGUUUACGAAGCGGUGCGCAAAGAGCGCGCAGAGCGCAUUCAAAAUAGCGCCGCCGUGACAAGGAAGGCUUUACACUUACCUGAUGGCGAAGAACAACGCAAGCGUGAUGAGGCUAUCCGAGGCCCGGGUAAGAAUCCAGAUCUCUGGGCCGAUCACAGCUGGCAGGACUUUAUGUGGGGAACCGAUGUCAUGAAGGAAACAGUGGAGAACUGGAGUGAUUUGGUAGCCCGU